AAGCUCUCAAGGAGCUCUGGUUCCCACGAAUGUGACCUUCCAUGGUUCUACUCCUGCAGUUCCCUGUCGCCAUUAUCUGCUGACAAUGGCCUACAUAGCUCCCAUCCAUCGGCCUAGCAGCGUGCGGCAUGCCCUGCGUAGCCAUCUCCUCUCGGACGAGGAGGAGAGCUUGGUGCUUGCAAAGGCCAACCGACUGGAGAUAUGGCGACUCUCCGACGGCCAGCUCAGCCAGGCCUAUUCCAAGGUUGUCAACGGCACCAUCGUCAUCCUCGAGAAGCUCCGUCCGAAAGACUCCAAAACCGAUCUCGUUUUUGUCGGAACCGACCGGUUCGAGUAUUUCACGCUCAUAUGGAACCCCGAGAUGUCACAACUAGACACGGGAAACCCCGACAAGGACCCCGGCGAGCGCCACAUGCGCGAUUCGCAGAGCCAGGACCGAUGUCUGGUUGACCCAUCCGGGAGAUUCCUGGCCAUGCACCUGUGGGAGGGGGUCCUAACAAUCAUGCGGCUGGGGGAUCGGAAAAGCAACGCGAUGGAGCUCACAUUCAUGGACCAAGUGCGACUGUCCGAGCUCUUCAUCAGGGCGAGCACCUUCCUGUACACGGAAACGGGGCAUCCCAAGAUCGCCUUCCUGUACCAGAGCAGGGCUGACUCGGGCGACGCGAAACUGGCCAUCUACCGCCUCACCAAGGAUGAUCGCCAUACACAACCUUCGAGCUUUGACCCCGACCGGGACAGAGAGUACGAGAAGGAUAUGCCGGAUCCCAGCGCAUCCAUGCUGAUACCCGUGAAGCCUUUCGAGGGAGAAGUCAAGCGGCACAACGUGCGGAAUCUCGAGUCGGCCAGGGCGCACCUCGGCGGCCUGAUUGUGGUGGGCGAGACGAGGCUGCUGUACAUCGACGAAGUCACGAAGAUCCCCGUGGAAUCGGCGCUGCGGGAAGCUUCCAUCUUUGUCGCCUGGGCCGAGCUUAAUGUCAAAAACUACUUAUUGGCCGACGACUAUGGGAGCCUACAUUUGCUUACCCUGAAUACCGAAGGCGUCGUGGUGACGGGAAUGGAUGUCAACUACAUCGGAAAGACGUCGCGCGCGAGCAAGCUGGUGUAUCUUGGGGACAACCUGUUGUUCGUUGCCUCCCAUUACGGCGAUAGCCAGCUCUACCGACUUGAUCUCGAUAGUGAAGACUCCAGUCGUUAUUUGCAACUGGUGCAGACCCUCGACAAUAUCGGGCCGAUCUUGGACUUUACCAUCAUGGAUAUGGGCAACAGGGGGGACGAAGGCCAACUAGGGAACGAGUACUCGUCCGGCCAGGCUCGCAUCGUCACCUGCAGCGGAGUGCACAAGGACGGAACGCUCCGGAGUGUGCGCAGUGGUGUCGGGCUCGAGGACGUUGGCAUCCUCGCUGAUGUGGAUCACUGUCGCGGUCUCUUCUCGCUAAAGUCUUCCGGAUCACCCAGGUUUGAUGUCCUGGUCGUGUCAUUCUUGACCGAGACGCGUGUAUUUCGGUUCGACGCACAGGGCGAGGUUGAGGAGGUAGAGUCAUACUCGAGAAUAGUUUUCGACCAGCAGACGUUACUAGCGAUGGAUCUCCCCAAUGGCACGCUCCUGCAGGUCACCCCGGCCGCUGCCACCGUUCUCGACGCAGAAAGCGGUUCCUUGAGAGCAGUAUGGAGACCGGACCGGCAGAAGACUAUCAUCAGCGCAUCGGCAAAUCCCGGCUGGCUCUUGUUGUCUGUAGAUGGCACGGAGCUAGUGUCUUUAAACUUAUCCGAAGAGAUAUGGACCAUUCGACAGAAGGAUAUCGGCAGUCAAGACCAAAUUGCUUGUAUUCACGUACCGCCACAGAUGAGCGGCAUUGGCGUGGUCGGCUUCUGGUCGUCGGGCACUGUCUCCAUUGUCGACCUCGACACGCUGGAGCCAAUACACGGUGAGACGCUCCGCACAUCAAAGGACGACGCCUCCAUCCCCCGCGACCUUGCCCUUGUGCAAGUCCUGCCCCUCCGCGUAUUCGAGCCUACAUUAUUCGUUGCCAUGCAAGACGGCAACAUCAUCACCUUCAACGUUUCCCCCGACCUAGCGCUCUCGGGACGAAAGCGCGUCAUCCUGGGCAUGCGCCAGGCGCGAUUCCACCUCCUCCCGCAGCCCAACGGCAUUCACAGCAUAUUCGCCACCACCGAACACCCCAGCCUCAUCUACGGCGCCGAGGGGCGGAUAGUCUACUCGGCCGUCACCGCCGAGGAAGCGACCUACAUCUGCCCUUUUGACGCGGAAGCCUUCCCGGACUGCAUCGCCGUCGCGACCGACUCGCAGCUCAAAAUCUCCCACAUCGACCGCCAGCGCCGCACGCACGUGAGAACCAUCCGCAUCGGCGAAAUGGUCCGCCGCAUCGCCUACUCCCCCAAGGAGAAAGUCUUUGGCCUCGGCUGCAUCCGCCGCGAGCUGGUGGCCGGCGAGGAGCUCGUGCAGUCGUCUUUCCAGCUCGUCGACGAGGUCCUCUUUGACCGCGUUGGCAAGCCGUUCCCGCUCGGGUCGCCGUCCUACACGGAACUCAUCGAGUGCGUCGUGCGCGCCGAGAUGACCGACUCGUACGGCAACCCGGCCGAGCGGUUCAUUGUGGGGACGAGCUUCCUGCCGGACCCGGAUUUCGGCCCCGGCACGGACGCUCGCGGGAGGAUGCUGUUCUUUGGGGUCGACGGGGAUCGGAAUCCGUACCUGAUUCUGAGCCACGAUCUGAAGGGCGCGUGCCGGUGCCUGGCCGUCAUGGAGGACGGGCGGACCAUCGUCGCCGGCCUGACCAAGACGGUCGUGGUAUGCCGGUACGAGGAGACGUCGACCACCACGGGCGAGGUGACGCGGCUGGCAUCGUACCGGCCCGCGACGUACCCGGCCGAGAUCACGGUGCGCGGCAACAUGAUUGCCAUCGCGGAUCUGAUGAAGUCGGUUGCGCUGGUCGAGUACGUUCCUGCUGCUAGCGGUGGGGAGAAGGGGACCGGCGGCGGCGGCGCGCCCAAGCUGGUGGAGCGGGCUAGGCACUUUGGCAGUGUGUGGGCGACGGCGGUGGGGCAUGUGGAGGGGGAGAGCUGGCUGGAGGCGGAUGCCCAAGGGAAUUUGAUGGUGUUGAGGAGGAACUUGAAUGGGGUUACGGACGAGGACAAGAGGCGGAUGGAGGUCACGAGCGAGAUGAACCUGGGCGAGAUGGUGAAUCGGAUACGGGGGGUGGAGGUGGAGACAUCACCGGGGGCUAUGAUUGUGCCGCGGGCCUUUUUGGGGACGGUCGAGGGCGGCAUCUACAUGUUUGGCACGGUUGCGCAGGGUUUUCAAGACCUGCUGCUGACGUUCCAGGCGAGGUUGGGCGAUGUCAUCAAGACGGCUGGCGACAUCGAGUUUAGGUCAUACAGGGCGUUUAGGAACGCGGAGCGCGAAGGGGAUGGGCCAUUCCGGUUUUUGGACGGGGAGCUGUUGGAGAGGUUUCUCGAUGUGGAUGAGGCGACUCAGGAAGCCAUUUGCAAGGGAUUGGGCCCAACCGUCGAGCAUAUGCGGAAUUUGGUAGAGGAGCUGCGACGCAUGCAUUAAAGGGUUGCCCUGGUAAGCAAUAACGUUAUUGAACAUUG